GCCCUCGUUCCCAGGCUCUGGCCUCCCACCGGCUAGGAUCCCAGGGCCUGCGGGACUGGACGCCGUGCGUUCAGGCUGAAACCACCAGGCGCGGAACUGUGUGGGCAAGGGUUCGCUGGGACCAGGCAGAGGCUCGAGCGGGGUCCCGCGAAGGCGAGCCCUGGAACCCGCUGGGCCAGGGGGGCCGGACGGAGUGGCGGCGGAGCCUGAUCAAGGCGCGCGGCCCGGUGAGGUCUCCAGGAGGCGGACUUGGGCCCCAGAGGGACCUUCGCCUAUAGUGAGUUUGCCCCGCAGGCCAGAGCCGGUUCCUCGGGCUUAGCGGAUUGGGGAGGGGGAGAAGAGACACCCUUGCAGCCGAAACUGGCAGAGCAGCCACUUCCCAGGAGCCUGGGGGCUGAGGCGUCUAGUUCCGGAAGGGUUCGACUCCACUUUCACAGUCCUUCACAUUUUCCCAAGAGCAUCAGAAAAUGAAUAAAUCCCUGGGGCCAGUGUCAUUCAAGGAUGUGGCUGUGGACUUCACGCAGGAGGAAUGGCAGCAGCUGGAUCCUGAGCAGAGGACAAUAUAUAGGGAUGUGAUGCUGGAGAACUACAGCCAUCUAGUUUCUGUCGGGUGUCACCUUAUCAAACCAGAAGUUAUCAUCAAGUUGGAGCAAGGAGAAGAGCCAUGGAUAGUAGGAGAAUUCCUACUCCAGAGUUAUCCAGAAGUCUGGAAAGUUGAUGCUCUGAUAGAAAGAGUUCAGGAAAAUGAAGACAAACAUUCAAGGCAAACUGUCUUUACCAACAAUAAAACCCUGACUGAAGAGAGAGGUAAUGUUCUCAGUAAAACUUCUAAUGUGGAAACCAACUCUGUUCCUUCAAAAAAUAUAUCCUAUAAAUGUGACUCAUGUGAAAGGAGUUUAAAAUCUAUUUCAGAAUUUAUUAGUAGUGAUGGAAGCUAUGCAAGAAUGAAGCCUGAUGAAUGUAGUUCAUGUGGGAAAUCACUUCAUCAUAUUAAGCUUGAGAAAACUAAUUUGGGAGAUAAAUCCUAUGAACUUCAUCAAAAUGGGGAAGCUUGCACUCUAAAUGAAGAAAACAUUUAUCAGAACAUUCAUAUUUUGGAGAAACCCUUUGAAUAUCUUAAAUGCCAGAAAGCCUUUCAAAAGGAUACAGGUUUUGUUACUCAUGUGGAGGAGAAACCCUAUAAAUGGAAUGAAUCUGAAAUAGCCUUUCUCCAGAUGUCAAACCUCAGUGUGCACCAGAGGGCUCAUAUGGAAAUGAAGCCCUAUGAAUGCACUGCAUGUGGGAAAUCCUUCUGUAAAAAGUCAAAAUUUAUUAUACACCAGAGGACUCAUACAGGAGAAAAACCUUAUGAAUGUAAUCAAUGUGGGAAAUCCUUCUGCCAGAAAGGAACCCUCACUGUGCAUCAGAGAACACACACGGGGGAGAAGCCCUAUGAAUGUAAUGAAUGUGGAAAAACCUUCUACCAGAAGUUACACCUCAUUCAGCAUCAGAGAACUCACUCAGGAGAGAAGCCCUAUGAAUGUAGUUAUUGUGGAAAAUCCUUUUGCCAGAAAACACAUCUCACACAACACCAGAGAACACAUUCAGGAGAGAGACCCUAUGUUUGUCAUGACUGUGGUAAAACCUUCUCCCAGAAGUCAGCACUUAAUGACCAUCAGAAGAUUCACACUGGCGUGAAACUCUAUAAAUGUAAUGAGUGUGGGAAAUGCUUCUGUCGUAAGUCUACUCUCACCACACAUCAGAGGACACAUACAGGAGAGAAACCCUAUGAAUGUAAUGAAUGUGGAAAAUUUUUCUCUCGGUUAUCAUAUCUCACAGUACACUAUAGAACUCAUUCAGGAGAGAAGCCCUAUGAAUGUAAUGAAUGUGGGAAAACCUUCUACCUGAAUUCAGCCCUAAUGAGACAUCAGAGAGUACACACAGGAGAGAAACCCUAUGAAUGUAAUGAAUGUGGAAAAUUAUUCUCUCAAUUAUCAUACCUCACUAUACAUCAUAGAACUCAUUCAGGAGUAAAACCCUAUGAAUGUAAUGAAUGUGGAAAAACAUUCUACCAGAAUUCAGCUCUUUGUAGACAUCGGAGAAUACAUAAAGGAGAGAAACCCUAUGAAUGUUAUAUAUGUGGAAAAUUCUUCUCUCAAAUGUCAUACCUCACUAUCCAUCAUAGAAUUCAUUCAGGAGAGAAACCCUAUGAAUGUAAUGAAUGUGGAAAGACCUUUUGCCAGAAUUCAGCCCUUAAUAGACAUCAGAGAACACACACAGGAGAGAAAGCCUAUGAAUGUUAUGAGUGUGGAAAGUUCUUCUCUCAGAUGUCAUAUCUCACUAUACAUCAUCGGAUUCAUUCGGGAGAGAAACCUUUUGAAUGUAAUGAAUGUGGUAAGGCCUUUUCUCGAAUGUCAUACCUUACUGUACAUUAUAGAACUCAUUCAGGAGAGAAACCCUAUGAAUGUAAUGAAUGUGGGAAAAAAUUCUAUCACAAAUCAGCCUUCAAUAGCCAUCAGAGAAUUCAUAGGAGAGGAAAUAUAAAUGAUGUAGAAAGACUUCUCUGAAAUCAGACCUUGUAAUUAAUAAGAAAUGCUCCCUGAAGUCAAACCCCAUUGUCCGUAAGAUUUUCACAGGUGACUGGACAAAUGACUGUGCAUUAAUCACAUGUAAUCUAAAAGUUCACAGGGUAGAAGCCACAAUUGUAACAGAACUACAUGACUCUGGAUAGUGGGCUAUACAGGAGUAAACAUUUACUUCCAUUAAGAAUAUAUGUAUGUUUCAGCAUGGAUUCAAACUGCUUUACAUAUCAGGGAAUUCAUAAUAAGGGGACUCAAGGAAUGUGGAAAACAAGAUACUCCUUUGGACAUUAUUAAUACUAAAAUAUUUGAUGUGUCAAACUUUUUCUAGGGGGGCGAAAACAAGAUACCUAUUGUAAAUAAACAUUCCUUGUUGAAACGGAGCAGGAUAACUAAUAGAGUAACAUUAAAUUCAACAUUAAAUUGAUUUAUGAGUGGUUUCUGAGAUUGUAGGACUUAUGUAUGGAGGGGAUGGGUGGUGUGUUUGUUUUAGGAUGCUUUUACAGGACUUGCAUAUUCAUUCUUAGUAGUAUUUGCAAAGGUGUCCUUAUUAGAAUAAUUUGUUAGCCAUAUGGUAUGAUUAUUCAUUCUAAGUAGCAACACCAUGUUAAUAUCUUAAUAUACAUUGUCAUUGAGUUAAUAUUUGGUAGGUAUAAAAUAUACUUUGUAUUUUCUUACCUGGCAUUUAUAAAUGUAUUUGAUCAUUAUUAGUGAACAAAAUCUUCCAUUAAAAAGCCAGCAUUUCUUACAGUAUUUUCAGUUAUAUCUAAAUCAAUGGGAGGUAGAAAUCUUCACAUAAAAUAGAUAGAAAAAUCUGCAUGGAAGUUUUUGAAAUGGUAAUGAUAAAAGUUUCUAGUUGUGAGAAAUAGCUGUAGCACUUACACUUUAUACAGUUAAAAGCAUACUUAAAAUAUUUCCACUUUUGUCCUCUUUUUGUUUGCCUGUAUAAGUGUACAAAGCACACAUAACUUUGUAACAAGAACUGUCUGUUUUUAUUUGAUAUGUUUUUAGGCAUUAUGCUCUACUCCUUCCUAUUCCUGAAUGAACUACGAAUACAUUCGCAUCAGUUUAUGGCAUAUGCUCAGUGACCACCUUACUAUUUUCUGGCAGUUGGGGUGUCUCCCUCCUCAUAGGUUGGGGUAAAUCCUGAGUAGUUUCAACCAUUAAUGAAAAUCCCUUUCUCAUUGCCAGCAAUUUGUUAAGAGUUAAUACUGUACCCAAUUUUAGACAUCUAGACAAAUACAGGAGAUACUUGAUAGGUUAUAUUCUGGAAAAGAUGUCCUCAGAUUCAGGCAGUCAUACAGAGUGAACUGGAAUCUUUGAGCCUUUCCUAAUCUGUAUGGGAUCUACUAGUUAUGCUUUUUAACAAAGGAUUAUAAUUUAAAUGUGACAGAGCUGAAAAAUAGGAAGGGACCUGGAUGAUGUCAUUGCCAAUUAACAUUAGUCACUCCAGCUCUGGACUGUUUUGUGAAUGCUUAAAUUUAUUUUAACUCAGUUCAUUAGAACUCUGUAAUAAUAACUGAAGAUGUAAAGUUAUACUUUUAUAGAAAUGAAACAAUUCAGGAGUGGACUCUAGUUAAAUCAUUUAAUUCGUGGUAUUUCUAUAGAGGUUUUUGUAUUGUCAAUUUACAUGUAAAUAAAAUUGAACAUUAGCUAUCAAGUUCUGAAAUAAAAAUAUGUAUGUUUCCUUAGAUUAUUACAUCAUACACCUAAGAAAUUAGCCUUUGAAACCUAACAAUGUCAGUUUACCUGCCUUUUUGUUAUGCAUGACAAAUCCUAUCUAGGUCAAAUUAUAUUGAUGGAUCACUGCUAUGUUAGAUGAUAAUGUAUGAUGUAAAUAUCUACUUUUGUUUGCUUUCCAGUGAUUAGCCAGAUGCUCUGUAUAGUUGAGUAAUUUACCACUUUACCACUGAGAUGAAAUGCUGUAUUUUACAUGUAUUAAAACCACUUGUGGUUCCUGUUUUUGUUACUAAGCACUUUGCUCCCACAUUCUCUGAAAUGAUUGUGAGUAUGCUGUGUAACAAAGUCUGGCAGAGUGUAUGCUUUUGUGUAGGAAGUAUAUAUUCAUAGUAUGUAUGUUGAAAUAUUUCUAAAGGUUUCCCAUACUAGUCUGUCAUUAUA